GCGCGAUAUAAAGCCGCCGCUGAGUGACAGCGCGCGCGUGAAAAGCCUCUGUCCUUUUUUCUAAGAGGACUUACGCCGCCGCAGCACUCCAGGCAGCAAGACCAUCGACCAUCUCCCAUGAUAUCUUAAUGAAAUAUGACUGUGCUUCACUCCAUGUCUGGAUUAAUGCCUAUGUAAUCGUUAAUUUGCUGCCCCUCCCUUAUCUGUCUCCAAGUUUAAAGCCUAUUCUGUGAACAUGGGGUCUAUAAUGUCAUUUUUGCCUAGGCUAAAAGUCUAAAGCGGAUACCAGGUGGAUCUAUGUUCCUAACAGACAAAAGAAACAGCGCAGGGAAAUUAGUGGAAGUUUGAGAAAAAGGAGGAUGCGGGCGACGUGUUGGUGUGCCGUCUUUCUCCUCACUCCGGCUGUCUACCUGGUUUCAAGUGUCCACGGUUCAAUCCCGGGGAAAUCGGAAGUGCUCAAAUCAGGGAGCCCCAAGUCGACACUAAAGCACAUAUGGACAGAAAGCAGUAAGGACUUGUCCAUCAGUCGACUUCUAUCACAGACUCUGCAUGGUAAGGAGAACGCAACAGCGCUGGAUCUGCACUAUGAUACUCCAGAGCCUUACUCAGAGCAGGACCUGUGGGACUGGCUGAGGAAUACUACGGACCUGCAGGACUCCAGGCCGAGAGCCAAACGGCGGCCGAUGGUCAAGACCGGCAAGUUCAAGAAAAUGUUUGGCUGGGGAGAUUUCCACUCCAAUAUCAAAACGGUCAAGCUCAAUCUCCUGAUCACUGGAAAGAUUGUCGAUCACGGCAACGGCACCUUCAGCGUCUACUUCCGGCAUAACUCAACGGGCCAGGGCAAUGUGUCGGUCAGCCUGGUGCCACCCACAAAAAUUGUAGAGUUUGACUUGACAGCCCAGCAGUCGGUCAUUGACGCCAAGGAUUCCAAGUCAUUCAACUGCCGCAUCGAAUACGAGAAGGUGGAGAGGGGCUCCAAGAACACGCUCUGCAACUUCGAUCCAUCCAAGACAUGUUACCAGGAGCAGACGCAGAGCCACGUGUCCUGGCUCUGCUCAAAGCCCUUCAAAGUCAUUUGCAUUUACAUAUCCUUCUACAGCACCGACUACAAGCUAGUGCAGAAAGUCUGCCCAGAUUAUAACUACCACAGCGAUACUCCCUAUUUCCCAUCUGGCUGAUGGUUGCAUCUUAUGAUGUGAAGGACAAGAGGCAAAGGAUGGAUCUCUCUCUCCCCAUCCACAACAAAUACAUGUUCCCUGUAAUGUCCUUACCAUGCUUACAUGGCCUGGAUCAAAUCAAACGAACUUGAAAAGAAAAGAAUUUGGCUAUUUGCACAAGUACAACACAAAACUUUCAACUGAGGGCAUGAUGUACUGCUUUUCUUGUUAUAAUUUAAGUUAUGGCGGUCAUUGUUAUUAUUAAUUAAAUUUAAUUUAUUGUUUAUAUCUGUUAAUGUUUUUAGGCUAUAGUUUAAUCACUGGAGUGUUGCUUAAAUGGCCAUGUGAACAAUUGUGGGUUGUAGCUGAUUUUGACAUUUUGUCCUGUAAUGUUCAGUUUUAUUUUAGAAAUGUCUCAGUGCAAGUGUUUGAUUUCUCAGAAUACAUGUUUAUUAUUAGUAGUAUUAUUAUUAUUUUGUAUUAAUAAUGAUGUGUUUCUUAGAAUUGCCAAGAGGCCACGCAAGUGUAGAUAUUAUUUUUUUUUUAUUUUUACAUUUAGUCAGUAGUUCACCUCAGAAGCAAUGAUGCAGGAGAGUUAUUUGCAAUCAGAAUUUCAAUGUUCCCUCCACCUACAAACUUUUGAAGAGCCCAGGAGUCCCCAUGCUUUCCUGAGUAAUUCAUCCCAGACAAAGGCACCUGUCUGAGACCUGAGGGAGACCCAAAGAUGAGGGGGUGAGAGUGACUUUGUUCUGCUGGUUAUAAGCAGGCCUUAACUACAGGCAUGUUUUCUACCUAUGAAAAAGAAGCUGUACUGUAGUCAUUCUGGAUUGUUCAGCCCAAAACUGUCUCCUGUAGUAUAAUAAGAUCCAGAAAUGGCUUGAGGGCUUGCUCAAUGUCACUUAUAAAACACUGUAAUGUAAUGAAUUCUAUAUCCUAGAGCCUAAUUUGUAUGAAUGGUUUGUAUUGUACAUAGUUGAUCCUGAUGGAGCUGCUUCUGUAUAUGCCUUCAUUCAAUGUCUGUUAAAAUUCAAACCCUGCAAUCUCUCUCUAUAUCUCUCUAAAAACCCCAUCCACAUAUAAUGCUUGCUCUUGGUUCCUUGGACAAAGAAUCUGAUGUUGCUGAUGUAGAUGUGAACUCAUGAAAUCCAUGCUCUUGUACAGAGGGGCUGUAAAACUGACAAAAAUAUAUAUUAGAAGUACUUAUCAUCUGUAUGAUCAUGUUUACUUUCAGGGGAACAAAGGGGAUGGAGAUGUACAAAUGAAUAAAAUACUGAAAGUUUU